AUGACGCUAACAAGACAAUCUUCUCGGAACAAUUUAGAUAGCAAACCCACAACAGGUAGAGCAACCAGAGCAUCAAAGAGAAUCAGUAGCUGGCAAGAGGAUCAGCAGCCAGCAAAGAGACACAAAGCUUCAAAUUCUGAUCACCAAGCAGCUGUAAAAAAGAUACCUAAUCAGCCUACCACCCGCAGAGCAGCAGCCCAACGAUUGUCAGUCGAGAAGUCCAAUUUUGAACCUCUGGGCAAGAAGAAGGCCGCGAACGCAACUCCAUCAAGGUCACCCAAAAAGACCACCGCAAAGAGUCAUGCAUCCCGCAAGAAACUGCCAUUGCUAGAUGGCACCUACAUUUUGAAGCAUGUUUUAAAGGGACACACCGAACUCAAUGUCCCUGUAAGAGACAAGGAGGAUACAGAGGACAGUAAGGAUAUUUGGUGCUGCGAAUUCGAACCUGUCGCCAGCGAUGUGGGGCCAUUUGACCGACAAAAGCCAGGUGAACUUCAAAAUUUUGCUCUCUGUGGAUCCUAUACUGUUCUAUUCGCAGAUCCAGCAUUGGGCAAAUACACAAAAAAGUACACUCACAGCGAAAUCCAAGAAAUCUUUUAUUGUAUGGCUUGGACUCGACUGGAAGGAGAGGAUCUGCUUGAUGGAAACUUGUUGGAUGAUGGGGAUGAAGUGAGUUUUUGUAAUGUCUUGGCAGUUGCAGGUCGAUUAGGAUCAGUCAAACUACUGAACCCUUUGCAAAACGAUUGCUAUCGAUACCUGUUUGGCCACCAGAAGGCAAUUUUGGCCAUGACAUUUGCCAAAACAGAGCCCCGUUGGUUGUUCACCGCUUCUGCUGAUAAAACGGUUCGUUUAUGGGAUAUCGGAUCACCUACCAAGAAGAUGGACGACUCAUUAUGCUUGGCUGAAUUCAUCUUACCUCCAAAAUCAGGCGAUCCUUCCGCUGUGAGUAUAUCGUACGACUUGUCUAGACUGGUAGUUGGAUGCAACAAUGGCGACAUGAUCGAAUUCAACCUUUCCUCAGCUCAGCUUAAUAAAUACCGUCAAACGGCGACAAAGUUCAGAUCAGAAAGAACAAAAGGAAAUAAGCAUCAGACAGUAUCACAUGUAGAAAGUUCAACGAAAUACCCUGCAGGAGAUGAAUGGCAUGAAGGGUAUGUGGAUGAUGUUUGUAUUGUGGGCCAAGAUGGAGAUGAAAAGAGUGCAUUAUACAAUACCAUAGUCUCGCGCGGAUCAGCAGAUAUGGAAAUUCUAGUAUGGGAUCCUGCAAACAGCACAAGGACUGAUGCAGAUAUCAAACUGUCAUUGGAUUGGCCAGACGCAGCAGAUUGCACGGGCCUCAAAUUCAAAGUGAUUGAGGCUGCUGGACAGAAAGUAUUACUAGCUGGAGACUAUGAUGGACAGAUAUACAUCUAUGACAUUGGUAAUGAAAAAGAGAGUAAAACUCUGGAGGACGGCAGUAAAGAACAAUUCGAACCAAACCGAAUCUUAUCGCACAGCAUGUCCAGUGAAAUGAUUCGCGAUGUAUCUUGCUCGUAUGACACCAAGACAAUUGUCGCAGUGGAUAACAAUAAUAAUGUGUUUAUUUGGACCUCAUCAAGCUCUCGUAAAUGA